GACGACCGCGUUCAUUCAUUUACAUUAUUCAGUUUCGUUCUCGAUCUUCGAACUGAAGUUUCCGUGCGUUAGUUGAGUGGUAAAACGAGUUUUAGUAUUGAGAGUUAGUGAUUUGGUGUAGUGCUGCCAAAGAACACUUUUUUUUCCAUGUUAUCACCAUUAUGAGAUAAAAAUUAUUUACCUGUUAGUUCCUUUGAGGUACCUCUUUCGAAAGGAAUACAGUUAACAAUGCUGCAACACAUCGUUAUCACUCUACUUAUAACAACUUUGAGUCUAUUCGUCCUAAUAGAAAACGUAAAAAGUUGUAAUGAAGCUGUUUGCGGCAGCGUAGUCAGCAAAUGCUUAUUAACUAAAGCUUGCAAUUGCGAUUUGAAAAACUGUACUUGCUGUAAAGAAUGCAUUAAUUGUUUAAGUAGCCUUUACAGCGAAUGUUGCUCGUGCGUGGAUAUUUGUCCUAAACCGAACGAGACGGAAACGGAUCUGAGCAAAAAAUCCCACGUCGAAGAAUUCGACGAGGGAGUCCCACAAUUAUUUUCUGUCCUAACCGAAUCUCCGGAUUCGUUAAAAAGAUGGGACACCAAAACUUUCCCAGUCGAUAUGGAAUUCAAUUAUUACGAUCCCAAAAAACAAAUCAAAAUCACCAUGCUGAGUGUUGAACAAGAAGUGGAUUCGGAGAAACUAAACGCCAUAACCGUUAAUUGUACUGUAGUAUUUUGGGGUCAGUGUAUGAGUUGGAAGAAAUGUAAGACUAGCUGUCAAUCCAUGGGCGCCAGUAGUUACAGAUGGUUCCACGACGGUUGUUGCGAGUGUGUCGGACAAUAUUGCAUCAAAUAUGGAAUAAACGAAAGCAGAUGUUCUCAAUGUCCUCAAAUAGAUGAAAAGCUAAUAAAUGAAGAAGAUGAUGACUAUUUCGACUACGAAGAUCAUGAUGAUGAAUAUGAAGAUGACUGAUAAAUUUAAACCGUUUGUUCUAGAAUUCAAUAAUGUUUGUAACAAAAAUCGAAAUUUAAUUUGAAAAUUUCUUUUUCACUUAAAUCUAAGUGCCAAAAUAAAUGUAUAAAUACCUAUUUUAACUUAUUAUAAUGAUCUUUAAUUACUUAAUAAUGGUCUAAUAUGUUGUUAUCAAUCACUAUUUACCUUGAUUUGCCAAUUUGCUAAAAAACUCACUAAAACAUUUUGUGUUUUUAUUUAUAAAACCAUUUCACCACAAAAUUCUAAUACAAUACAUUUUUUACUAUCACUGAAAAUUCACUAAAUUCACAAAAAUAUCAUCUCUUUUAUUAAUGUUCAAAUCAUAUUUUAUUUUUCCAAAAUUAUUUUGUAUUAAAUUCGUUUCUGUUUAUUAACCUCCUCCUGUGAAGAUUCAAUGUCAAAAUAAUCAGUUCCUUAGUAAAAACCAAGGUUAAUACACGAUAGGUUGACCGAUAACUUUUCCUAUCUACGCGUGACGUCAUCUGUUGAGAGCCUACAGACGAGAACAUGAUGAUGUUUUUUAUCGUUUUGUUAGGCUAUUUUUAAGGAGAUAUAUAAAUAUAAAUACCCAAUAGUAUGAAAAGUGAUUCAUUCUAAAUGUAACUAUCUAAAAUGUUUAUAAAUGUAUCGUUUUAUAAUAUUUUAUGUAAGGUAAUUGCUUUAGGUAUCAAAUAUUGUAUACGAGGUCUCAAUGAUAAUUUGGAUAUUCUAUCCACAAAAAAAUGCUUUCCCAACCUCAAUUUGGUACUCUAAUUUACUUUCCACAUGAAAUGUAUAUCGAAAACUCAUAAAAAACAAAACUUUACAACAAAAAAUCAGUUGCAAAACAAGAUACAACCCAAAAUGGCACAAAUCGAACAUGGGCUUAUUCUUUGGAUGGUUAUCAAUAGUAACGUAACGGCUUCUCCCUUUCGUAUAUCGCAUCCACAUAACUGGACAACCUGUCCUUUAUUAACCUUGAGUAAGAACUUCAUUUAUUGACAUUUGAAAUGUACACUAAGUGUACUCCAAAAUCUGACAGGAUAAAACCAAACACGAUAAAUUAAAAAAAAAGCUAAUUCGUUCAUGUUAAUAUCUAUAAAUUUACUCUUUGAAUUUAGAAUACAAUAGAAGUACUUAGUUAUUUUUUUCGACUUUAACUUCCUUCCCUAAUUUCUGUACGCGUUAGGCCUUGCUACUCCAAUGUUAUUUAAUGGAACAUACCCAAAUAGUAGAUGGCUUAACUUAUUACACAUCUAACUCGUGUUCCCAAAAUCAACACUCAACGUGAUUCAAUUGUUGUCAUAAUUUGUUUAUGAUAUAUUAAUGAACGCUUAUAUUAAUUUUAGAAUAGAUUAAAAAUAUUAUUAGAAUAUGAUUAUGUUUCUUUCUAAUUCUAAUAUAUUGUACAGUAGAUUUUGUCUAAGAUGUACAUUUAUGUAUAAUAUGUAUGAUAAUUAUGGUGUUACUACUAAUUUUUAGUUACGCACUAUGAUAUAAUGAACGUAAUAUUUCAGAAAUAAAGUUAUUUUAAAAAUAA